CAUUAUAGAUGGUCCCUUAAACCUGUUUUUAAUAAGCAUGGUAAAUGUAUGCAGAAACUGUACCUAAGGUACGCCGAAGAAUUUAUCUACGUCUAUAUACAGUAAGUACAACGCGCUGUGUUUACAUCUCACAGUUAUGUAACAUGUACUCGCUAUACAAUCAAGUUUGUUUUCUACACUGAACAAGAUGGCGCGUUCUCAAACUCUCGAUGAAAUUGUCAAAAACAAUUUAAAUUCGGAACAAAUAAAUGAAUUCAACAGAAUAUAUUACGGACGUGAAGAUCAUUGUGAAAUAAAAUUUAAACCAGCCAGUGUUAUCGCGAGUGAAAAGUUUGAAGUCGAGCUGGCAGCUUAUUCUUUUCACGCAGCUAAAGAAGAGGUUAGAAAACCGAGAUUGGUUAAAUUGGGGUUAGUACAACAUUCUAUUGUUUUACCAACUAAUGAACCAUUAAUUUCUCAAAGAAAAGCAAUAUUUAACAAAGUUGAAAAUAUUAUAAAUAUUGCAGCAUCUGAGGGUGUUCAAAUAUUAUGUCUGCAGGAAACAUGGUCUAUGCCAUUUUUUCUGUGUACAGGAGAAAAGGAUAAAUGGUCAGAAUUCGCUGAAUCGGCUGAAAAUGGACCCAGUACAAAAUUCAUUAGUAAUUUAUCAAAGAAAUACUCUAUGGUAAUAAUAUCACCUAUUCUAGAGAUAGAUAAUAAUAAUAUUUGGUGGAAUACAGCAGUGGUUGUAGAUAAUGGAAAAUAUUUGGGAAAACAUCGCAAAAAUCAUCUCCCAAGUGUUGGCAGCUUUAGUGAAACUGCAUAUUACGCUCCUGGUAAUUUAGGACAUCCUGUAUUCGAGACUCAAUAUGGAAAAAUCGCCGUCAACAUUUGCUUUGGCCGACAUCAUGCUUUAAACUGGUUGAUGUUCGCAUUAAAUGGUGCUGAAAUUGUCUUCAACCCUUCAGCCACUAUAUCUGAAUUCGGCGAAUCGUUUUGGGGCAUAGAAGCUCGUAAUGCAGCUAUUGCGAAUGGUUUUUUCACUUGCAGCAUUAAUAGGGUUGGCAUUGAAGAGUUUAUUAAAACGCGGGAUAAUAAAAAAAUAACUCGAAGUUAUUAUGGAUCUAGUUAUAUAACAGCUCCUAAUGGAUGCAGAACUCCUGGACUAUCUAGAGUUAAGGAUGGUCUACUCAUCGGGGAAAUAGACCUUAAUUUGUGUAGACAAAUAAGAGACCACUGGGGUUUUCCUAUGACUUCGAGGUUAGAAAUGUAUUCUAAAGAAUUAAAUGAAAAACAAUAAAUGAUUUUGUAUUAUUUUAUAAAUAAAGAUUUU